AGUCGAAGCGCCAUCAUCACUACCUACCACCAGCACGAAACCUAGCGAAACGAAACCAAGGAGAAGGAACGACCAUGCCCGUACGCCCCCGCACCACGCAAGCCUCCCGGGCGGCUGCUUCUGCUACWGCCAGYGUCGCCRCCACCARCAACAACUCCARCGCCCCGGGCAGGAAAUCCCUCCUCCUGGCAGCGGUGUGCGCCUCGCUGUCGUCCACGGAAACCUCGGCCUUUGCGGUGGGACGCCAUUUCGUGGGACGRCCGGCCCCCGUUCGGAUUUCCUCCCUCCUGUCGUCUCCCACCAACGGCAUCGACGACGGCAGCGACGACGACGUUUACUUUUUCACGGCACCCACGCCGGCCUCGACCGCCUCGAGCGAUGCCAUCGAUACCACCGCCGUCGAAAAGACGAGAAAGACACCCGAGACGGAAGCCAACGACGAAGCCAACGAAAACGACGACGACUUUCUGGACUCGAUCACCUUUUCCGAAGCCUCCCCCGGGUCGGAAUCCAGCGAAACUYCCUCGCCGCCGGCGGAUGCCCUCCCGGCGGCUCCGGAGCGGCCGGUCGCGUCCGCCGUCUCCAUGRACGUGGACGGAAACGGGACCGGGGCGCUGAUGAACCGCUCCCACGCGGCCGGCGGGGUCGACGCCCCGCUSAUGGUGACCAGCUACAAGCCCCGGGAUUUUCCGAUCGACUCCGGAAAGGACGGGAUGCAGGCCGGCGACACGAGGGCCCGGAYCUCCCGGAGGGAGACCGACGGGGAGCCCGUCGAUCCGACGCGRCCGGGGGUGAGGCUGGUCCGGUACGGGGACUCGUUGGCGGCGAAGCUCAGGCCCUUGGAGGAACCGACCCCUCCCGCGGCGACGAAGCGGCUGGUCCUGGCGUCGUCCCUGGCCACCAACAACGCCAACGACAACGCCAACGCGAAGCUCGCCAAAACGCGGGGGGUUCCGCCCGAGGGAUCCCGCCGCAAGCUCCACCUCAAGGCCAGGCCCAAGCCCCUCGUCCGGUACAACGGCCCGGACCUGGAGAACACCACCGACCACGACGGGAUGGAGACCGAUGCGGUCCGGGAGGAGCGCGACCGGGCCAUCCGGCUCGGCCRGGCCAACCUGGUCCGCUACCGGGGCGCCUCGCAGCUCGAGAAGCUGGAAACCCCGGCGAGGGACCCUUCUGAAGGGACCGGCCCGCCGGAGGCCGGGGGCACACCGCCCCGGAAGACCCUUUCGGACGACGUGGCCUACGCGAAUCGGUACACGGGCCUGACGGAUUUYACCCUGGCGAAGAAAACCGGGCUGGCCGUCAACAAGCCGAUCAGCCUGUGGGUCGAGCGGGACAAGUUUCUGUAGGCUCGGCGUGUGCGUUGCGUAGCCACACGCGGUUGCC